AUGACUCAGACCAAGCCCAAAAAGCUUGAGAGUCAUAAGGCUAGUGAGUUAUUAGGACUCAUUCACUCUGAUGUAUGUGGUCCAAUGUCUGUCGAGGCUAGAGGUGGAUAUUCCUACUUUAUUACCUUUACUGAUGAUAGAUCAAGAUUUGGGAGACCAAACUUGAGCUACCUCAAGGUUUGGAGAUCUCCAGCAUAUGUCAAAGCGCUGACAUCAGAGGAUCUUCUUUCUCAUGGAGCUAGUGAGAGUAAAAUUGAACUUAAAGAAGUUCAAAGCCCACAAGAACAGAUUAAGGAACCCGAGUCUGCUCAGCAAGCGACGCUCUCCAAUGGAGAAGUAAACACACAACUUCGUAGGUCAACUAGGGUUAGUCAACCACCUGAGAGGUACGGUUAUGUGAUUGAGAAUCAACAAACCAUUAAGGAUGACGAACCUUGUAACUAUGAGGAGACAAUCAAGGAUGUUGACUCCUCCAAAUGGCUUGAAGCCAUGAGGUCUGAAAUAGACUCGAUGCAUCAAAACUAG